AUGGCAACCGCUGUUGUCGAACCCGUUGCUGCUAGCGAGCCAGUGGCCGAUGCGCCAGCUCCGGCAGCUGCUGUCGUUGAGAAAGAUGCUACUACAAGUGUUGCCGUGGACAUGACCAAGCCCGAAGACUUCGAAGGAAACAUCGACACAACCAAUCAGAUUCCCUCGGCCGAGACAAUCGAAAAGAUCAACAGCUUUGUAGUGCUCGACAGUGAUGGAAAGUCUCAUACGUUUGAGAGCCUCUAUAAUGGCCCCAACUCUCCGCGCAGAGUUCUCCUAAUCUUCGUCCGCCACUUCUUCUGCGGAAACUGUCAAAACUAUCUCGAGAUGCUUUCCGAAUCCAUCACCCCGGAGGCGCUCCUGGCGCUCCCUAUCAGCACCUUCAUUGCGGUAAUCGGUUGCGGUGACCCUGCCUUGAUCAGCAUGUACCGCGAUGCCACCAAGUGCCCGUAUCCCAUCUACACCGAUCCGCAGCAUGCCCUGUUUAAUGCCCUCGGCAUGAUCAAGACUCUCAGCUUGGGCGAGCGACCGGCAUACAUGAAAAACAGCCUUCUGCAAACCACCAUCUUAGGUGUGAAGCAGGCUUUGAAAUCCAUCCCCAAGGGCCUGACAUUCAAGUCUGGAGACCAACGUCAGGUUGGUGGCGAGUUCCUCUUUGAACCUGUCGAUAUUACCACGCCAGUCAGUACUCCAAUGGAGGAUAAGACUGUGUCCCUGGGUAACACGUUGGACGGAUCGGUAGCAACCGCCAACGAGGCUACGCACUUCCGGGAGACGAAGAGGGUUACCUGGGCGCACCGCAUGAAGAACACCAGAGACCACGCCGAGAUCCCGGAACUCAUGGAAGUCCUUGGUCUUGAUGGCCAGGGCAAGCCCAUUGAAGAUUCCAAGAGAUGGGCGGCUGCUCUCGCAGCAAGGAAGGGGACUGGCCUCAGCAUGGCCCCCCAAAUUAAGAACGCAGUUGCGGCUGCUGCUAACGAGACAAAAUGA